ACAUGUGGAGAACUGACCAGUGUCUGUCAGUACUCUCUCCCUCUUCACUCUGUCUCCUGUUUCUUCUGAAAUCUUGAUCUCCAUCCUGACCAGCAGAACAAUGCCUCCCAACCUCACUGGCUACUACCGCUUUGUCUCCCAGAAGAACUUGGAGGAUUACCUGCAGGCCCUAAACAUCAACGUGGCCCUUCGGAAGAUAGUGCUGCUGCUGAAGCCAGACAAGGAGAUUGACCAUCAGGGUGACCACAUGGUAGUGAAGACGCUCAGCACCUUCCGCAACUAUAUUAUGGAAUUUGAGGUGGGAGUUGAGUUUGAGGAGGACUUAAGGAUCGUGGAUGGACGAAAAUGCCAGACCAUAGUAACCUGGGAGGAGGAGCAUCUGGUGUGUGUGCAGAAAGGGGAGGUCCCCAACCGGGGCUGGAGACACUGGCUGGAGGGAGAAAAGUUGCAUCUGGAACUGACUGCCAGGGAUGCGGUGUGCAAGCAGGUCUUCAGGAAGGUCAGAUAGCCCGAGAGGAGCCAAGGCCCCUCCAGACAGUGCCAAUCCAGGCCCCUCUUGUUUGUGCCCCUUUCAAACCCAGAUCAGGUUUGUGCCAGGUCAGCGUUUCCAUCUCAGUCACUAUUCUCCCUGUGGGUCCCUCCUCAACCCUCUCCAUGUUAAUGGGUAACCUGCAGCCCCCAGGUCAAAGUCCUUUCUCUCACACACUCCACUGCCCAAUAAUGGCCCUACUUCCAGUUCAAGGUCUGGCCUCCUGGAUGGCAGAAGAAGGCAAAGGGGAAAGGACCCUUGAGAGUAACUAAUCUCCACUCUAUAGUUAAUUUGGCCUCUUAUUUUCCAUCUAAGAAAUAAACUACGGGCAUUUGAGUGUUCUUGAAAAUUCUAUCCUGCUGGAUCUUUUGGAAAACUGUGACUGGUUCAAGUGUUUAAAUGGACUCUACUGUUAGA